CAUCAAACCACCUCGAAUGUAGGCACCGAUUCCUUGCCACUGACUUCUCAGAAGUCUUCGUGCCGCCUUGUGCCGAUAGCCAUGGAUUGGGCGGCUGGAAAUCUCCCUCAGACGAAACCCAACACCUCUGUCGUCUCCAAGGGUCCCACCGCCACUCUCAAUUUGGACCCCAAACUUCAGCGCGAGCUGUCUCGGCUCAAUGACUCCGUCCCGUUCAACCCCAAAGCCCGCUAUCUGCAUCACACCUGGGCGCAGACAUUCUUCUCGCGCCCGGAGCUGUACUUUCAGCCAGCUACAGUCCCCGAGCUACAGAAAAUCGUCACCCUAGCGCGACGAUGUCGAAAACGCAUCUGUGUGACGGGCUUCGGGCACUCGCCAUCCGACCUCACAUGUACGUCGUCUUGGCUAGUUAACCUCGACAACCUCAAUCAGGUCUUGGAGAAGGGAGUCGAUGGCACUGGCGGCCUCUAUCGCAUCCAGGCUGGCAUCUCCCUGCAUGAUUUGAACACCGAACUGGCCAAGGAUGGCUAUACGAUGCCCAACUUGGGUUCUAUCGACGUCCAGUCGGUCGCGGGAGUCAUAUCAACAGGGACGCACGGUUCAAGUCUCAAGCACGGCUUGAUCUCGGAAUCUAUAACGUCCUUGACGAUCCUUCUCUCCAACUCGCAACUAGUCACAUGCUCGGCGACCAAAAAUCCUGAACUCUUUCGGGCCGGUCUUCUCUCGCUGGGAGCCUUGGGUAUCAUCGUCGAGAUAACGGUCCAAGCCGUCCCAGACUUCAAGAUUUCCUGGUCUCAAUCCCUUCACACCUUGAGCUCCGUUCUGGACUCGUGGAACACGGAUCUCUGGACGAAGGACGAAUUUACGCGGGUUUGGUGGCUUCCUUACCUCGAUCGCGCCGUGAUCUGGCGCGGUUCACGAACCGAUUCCCCCAGUCGCCCACCGAACACCACUUUCUAUGGGGGUAUGUUCGGCUACUACGUCUAUCAUAAUCUGCUCUGGUUGUCCAACACCUUCCCGCGCAUUCUGCCGUGGAUAGAAUGGUUCGUUUUCGGCAUGCAAUAUGGCUUCAAACCGGGCAGCUUUGUCAUGUCCGCGGUGCAGCCCGCCCGCGAGGGCCUGCUCAUGGAUUGCCUCUAUUCCCAGUUUGUCAACGAAUGGGCCUUGCCGCUGGACAAGGGCCCCGAGGCGAUCACCCGGCUCUCUGCGUGGAUCAACCAUGACGAUGCCGCCGCGCGCAUCCCCGUCUCCAGUAAAGGAAUCUGGGUGCAUUGCCCCGUGGAAGUCCGCGUCGCCCAUACCGGCCAGGACAUACCCAAUCGUUCCGGCGUGCGACCGUACCUCGACCCUACCGUCCCCGACGGCCCGACGCUAUACCUGAACGCCACACUAUACCGGCCCUACGGCCGCGACCCGCCCUGUCACGCCACGUACUACGAAGCUUUUGAAUACCUCAUGCGCGAGCUAGGCGGGAAGCCGCACUGGGCCAAGAAUUUCUCGGACACGGCAGGCGGGUAUAUCACCAAGGCGUACGGCGACGAUAUGCGCGAGUUCAUGAAAAUCAGGGACGAAAGUGACCCCGAGGGCAUGUUCCUGGGGGAGUGGCACCAGCGGAAUCUCCCUCUGAAGACGGCGACGACAACAGCCACCGGCGGGAAAGCCGUGAGCGGAUCCGGACUACCGCUGAUGGAAGAAGAAGUCCGCCGGACCAAGAAGGGGCUCGGCUGGGGAUUUGGGGAUGGUAUCUUGUGGGAAGGAAGGCAGACUUCGUCGGCGGUGGCAGCUGAAGGAGAUGAUGACAACGACUCCAGAGAUCUCGGCGUGGAAAUGGGAGACAACAACAACAAGAAGGUCGGCGGCGACGAGACCCCAAGUCCCCCCGCGACCACCACGAGUGAGGAGUCGUUCGACUACAUGGCCAAAGGCGAGGCGAGCGUCUACGCCGUCAAGGAGGAAGGUGGAGAAUAAACACAUUGCUCGGCUCCCGAUCGGUCGCGAAGAGCUUUCCACGGUGGGUGUCGGAGGAUCGGUGUGAGAGUGAGAGGGAGAGACUCGUUCUUGUGCUGCUUUUUGGGUUUUUCAUUUGACUUGCUCAACCACUAUACAUAGCUCACAAUGGAAUACAAUCAUCGCCUG